CCAUAUUAGAGUUCUCAUUCACUUCAACCUCUUCUCAAUUCAAAAGUCUUUCCAUUUCAUCUGAUUAUUUUUGCAAUCAAACAGCAAAAAUCAUUUGAAAAAUCGCAUAAACUGACCAAUGAAUCAUGGGGCUCAAGGAUCUUCAUCUUAAGCUCAAGGCAACUAGGCUAAGAAGAUUUCUCAUUGGAAAUGGAGGAAAUAAAGAAAGAAAAUCAGAUAAUGCAGAAAUUAGGCCUCCAUGGAUGAUGAAUGUAUCACAUGGAUAUCACGUUGUUGAAGAUAGGUCAUGGACAUGGGGUGGUACACCGAGUCAUAACGUGACGAAAUUUGACUCAGUCGUGAUCCAAAGAGAACAGAUAGAACAGUGUGAAUUGUGGUUCUUUGGAGUUUUCGAAGAAGGUUUUAGCGACGGGGUUCUCGACUACAUGAAAACAAAUUUCUUUAACAAGAAGCUCAAAGAGUCAAAUCUGUGGAAAAGGAGCAAGGAAGCAAUGAGAAGGGCACAUCUGAGUGCAAGAGCAAAGAUGAGAGAAAGACAGAAGCCAGAGGCAGGGGCAGCCGGGGCAGAGGCAGAGAAGCCGGGCUCGGCUUCUGCUAUUGUGAUCAAUGGGGAGAAGCUUGUGACUGCAAACGUGGGGGAGUACAGAGCUAUUUUAUGCAGAGAUGGCAAGGCGUAUCAAAUUAGCAGAAAACACUGGUCUCAGAAGCUCAUUCCAGGUGCUCUACGUAUGCCUCAAGUAUGUGUAAGUAGUGGGGGAACAAGGAACUCAAAAAGCUCAGAAUUAGUAGUUGGGUCUGAAGGGAUAGAUUCUGAAACUGAAUUUCUUAUCCUAGCAAGUACUGGCGUUUGGGAGGUUAUGAAGAACCAAGAGGCUGUAAAUCUGAUAAGCCACAUAGAAGACCCUCAAGAAGCUGCAGAAUGCUUAGCAAAUGAGGCUUUGACAAGAAUGAGCAAGACAACUAUCUCUUGCUUAAUCAUCCGAUUUGACUGAUACAUCAUGUUAAUUAUUGAUUAUUGCUUAAUCUUGCUCACCAUGUUGCUAAUUGUUUGUUGACACCUGUAAUAUUCUUGGGAAUAAUAUUGGAUAUUGGAUGGCUUG